UAAAAAAGCGUAAUUCAAAUAAAGACUAGAAACUAAUUGCCAUGCAAGAUAAGUUGAUUUUAAAAUAAAUGAUAAUCGAUAAAAUCAACUCCCGUCAGUACUUCAGUACUUUGAUUUAAAAUUCGGAUCGGGAUCGGCGUUAUCAUAAUUCACGAUUUCGAUACCGGCGAAAAAAAAUUCAAUCAGUUUCAGUUUGCGUCAAAAAACGGUCAUUGGGUCAUAGACCGAGUUGACUUGUUGGUUUUAUUCAAGGAAAGAAGAUUAAAGCUACUCAAGAGAACAGGGCGCUCUCGUAUUUAGAUGUGGAGAUGGACGGGUUUUAUGCGAAAAUUUUGUUAUAUUGCCAAACCAGGUCAUCAGCGACUAAAAUGUUCUACUAACAAAGGAGUGUUGAUUAAAUGUUCCAAAAGAGUCCCACUAGUUUCCCAGAAAACUCCUGAAAUAACAACAAUGGCUGAUGUUCCUCAAAAGGUUCCUCAGUUUUACAGAAGGGUUCUUCCAGAUACGUGUAUAUCAUUUUACUCAGAGGAGGGCAAAAAAAUCUUCCGAGAGGCCCUGGAUUCUGGACACAUGGAGUGCUACUUUAAGCUUGCAGCCCAGUUCCGUACGCAGGAUGAGCCGGCCUUCUGCGGGCUGACCACUCUUGUGAUAGCUCUGAACGCUCUGGAGGUGGAUCCAGGGGCUGUCUGGAAAGGGCCUUGGAGAUGGUACCAUGAGAGAAUGCUGGAUUGCUGUGUUCCGAUCAGCCUAGUGGAACAUGAAGGAAUUACUUUCAACCAGUUUGUCUGUCUGGCUGAGUGUAACUCGAUCGAGACACAGGCCACAAAGUCCGGGACUGGGGGGACCCUGGAACAGUUCCGGGAAAAAGUGGUGGAAUACUCCAAGAGGGACGAUGCUUUCCUGAUCCUCAGCUACUCCCGGAAAACUGUCAAUCAAACAGGAGAUGGCCAUUUUUCUCCGGUUGGUGGCUACCAUCCCAAAAGAGACCUCAUUUUGAUUUUAGACACCGCCAGGUUUAAAUACCCCCCUCACUGGAUAUCACUUGAACUACUGUGGGAAGCCAUGCAUGCUCUGGACAAGACUACAGGAGAACCCAGAGGCUAUCUUUCAGUGAGGAAGAAAACAUCAUCCCACACUGAACAGAAGGACAUCCUAACCUUGUUUAAGAUAUCCCCGUCCUUCGACGUAGCCAAUGUAAAUGUCCUCAGCCCUGGGAUAUCCCCACUGAUCUCUCAGUGGCAGGACUGGCUAAUGGAGGAAUACUCAGAACAGGAAAACCAAGAGAAGACACUGGAGUACGUGGUCAGGAGUCUCAACGACUGCGCCAGAGCUGCUGCAGACGAGGAGACCGUGCUGACGACCCAGAUUGAUGUAAAGUGUGUGGGAGAUCUGUCCAAAGCCCAUGCCUGUGUGGUUCAUCAGCUUCUUACUAACAUUGAGAAAGUCCCUUUCUUUGAAGCUGUCAACAAAUUUCUUACCCAGAAUGUAAACGACCACCAUCUUGCCAGUUUUGGACGCGUCACGAGCAAUUUGUCUGAAGGCCAGGAAAAGUGCCUGUCAUCAAAACUCACCAUUGCCCACUUUGUGGUCAUGUUUCUGAUGUCUUGGCCUUACGAGGCUGUUGACUCCAAGGUCAUGAGAAAUGGGGACAUGCUUGUUCGACUGGUUAUGAAGGUGAAAUCGGAGUGUUGGGAGAACAUAUUGAAUGGGGAAUCAAAUGUACUGAGAAAACAGUUCUCUAGUUUACUGAAACUCCAAAAGGAGAAACAAUCAAACCGAAAAAAGUGUGCCUGCCAUAACUAAAACAUGGCUUUAUAUACAAGUAAAGGAGAUUGAAGAAUGAAGAGCAGUUUUGGUGCAUGUGUAUUUUUACUUUGUUUUAUAGAAUUAAUGAUAUUAAGAAAGCAGACCUUUUUUAUAAUGUUCUAGAUAAUUAAUUACUCUUCUUAAAUUCUUUUUGACUUGUGUUUUGUACUUUUUUUUUUCUUUUUUUUUUGGGGGGGGGGGGGGGGUAUAUCAAUAGCAUGUUUGAUCUAGCUGGGAUUAGUGUGUGUGUGUGUGUGUAGAUAUACAUAUUUUAAAGAAUUAUGCAUACUAAGUAUCUAUUUGUGUCAGUUUUGUGAUGGCUAAUGCAUUUUUAUUAAAUGUUCCAUGUAGAUUUAUUACUUGUUAGUACAUGUACUAUUUGUUUAUUCUACAUAUACCAAUAUCACAUGUCUUACAAAUUACCUCUAGUACUCUGAGAUAUUUUAAACACACAUGUAUGGAUACUUGAAUCUAUUUGUUUAAAGAAUAUUUCAAGAUAA